ACCAAAACGACAUCUCUUGGUUGGGUGCCCGUUCCUUUUGAGGGCAAGCUAAUACGGGGAAUGGUUUCUAUGGGGACGGAACUAUGAGCCGCCUCCGUUUAAUUGGGUUUCCUCCGCGCGUUGAGGAUGUAUACCUCGUGUAACACCCACAGCGUGCGAAACAGCUACACGCAUUUCCCCCAUUGUAUGGAAAUGCUCAGAAAAACACUAAGGUGUACCCGCUUAUCUGUAUUAUUUUAAUAUUCGGAAUUUGCACUCUAGUCUGUGCACAACCUUUUAGUAGAGAGCUCUGAUUAAACUGUUCCCCGCUGUCUUGUACAUAAGCCCAUGCGGGGUGGGGAGAGAUGUCAGAAGUCUAUUUAACUGUAUGCCCGAUUUAGUUACAUAUUCAUCAAUGGAUAACUGCCCCAAUCUCCGAUUUUAUUCCAGUUCAUGAGCAGAACACAACUAUAAUGACUGCCAUUCUAUAUCUCUGAAAGGGUGAACUAAAGGAGUCCUAGACGAAAAAACAACGACCAGAAAUGGCUACGUCGUCCAGGAGCGCUGAACGUAUCCAGGCCUGAGAAGAAGCAGGCCCGCGAGGUGCCUGCCUUCACCCAAGAUGACGCCGAAAGGCUACACCGUGGGAUCACACGAGAACAACUCACAUGACCCACACAAACCGCCGAGCGCGGGUACCAACUCUUUCCAUAUUUGCUGUGGGAAGUGAAGUUCUUGGCGCCAACUUGAGUGCGGGCAAAAUACCCGCUCUCUGCCGCUGUCGAAUCUGUGGGAGUCCCAGCAAGAGACAGCGGAGCCGCCGACUUGUCGUUGCUGCCUGGUGGGAGGGGGCGGGAUACCGGCCCGGUGGGGGAGAAGCUGGGGCUGUGGAAAGGAUGCCAAAGAAAAAGCGGAAAACUGUAGAUGGACCUGAUUCUGAGACUCAAGAUCAGGAAGAAGAGUCCAGAGUGUUGCAUGCCAAGUUUCUGGAUGCGUGUAUUGUCAUAUCUGACAGUGAUGGAGAGCAAGAGUCAAAGGAGGAACACAGUCUGCAGAAGAAAAGAACAAAGCAGCAGCUGGAUAGAGCAAAGUUUGCAGCAAAAAGAAAAAUUGCACAGAUGACAGAAGAUGAGCAGUUUGCCCUGGCUCUGAAAAUGAGUGAGCAAGAAGCCAGGCAGUUGAACUCACAAGAGGAGGAAGAGGAAGAGCUCCUGAGAAAGGCCAUUGCUGAGAGCCUCAGUAGCUGCCAGCCUGCUGAGUCUUCUGCUGCAGCUGCUGGGCCCCUUCUUUCCCAGGCACUAGUGUCUUCAACGCAAAGCCACCCAGCUGGGCAAGGAGAUCCUGAGCUCCUUGCAGCUCUGUUUCCUUCUUCUGAGUCUCCUUGCUCCAAGUGCAGUACCCUCUCACCAAUUGACAAAACUGAUGAGAAUGGACAGACAGAUGUCACCAAGAGGCCCCUCGUAGUACUGACGAGGUUAAGCCAGGAAAUAGUUGAAAGCUCUCUAGUCUCUAGCGUAAUUGUAUCUCCAGGGAAGAGCCAGCCUUUUGCAACGUCAAAUGAAAACCCUUCCUCACCAGCAAGGAGCAGUUCCAGUGAUACAAUACCCAGUCUAGAAGAGGAGGCAUCAAUUACUCUUAGUCCCACCUUUCCCCAAAGGCCUCUGGGCACUUGGCCACUGGCACCUCGGAGACUUUUUGCAGGAAGGUGCAACCCUUCAAAGACAACAGGCAAGGAAACUGAUAAGCAUUCCCAAAAUUAUUUGGAAGCAGACCACUUUGCUGGUUGCUCAGAAGCCCCAGAGAAGGUGACUCAGAAGCACAGCAACUUGGACUACUCCAGCAGACCAGGGGCUGAGCUUGGGCAUCAGUUUAAGCACAGCAAGAAAGUAUGUCUUUCUACUGAGCCUGUGGAAAGGAUUGAGUUGCAAGGAAAUGCCCCACCACUUUGCAUGCUUCAUAGGGCUGAUGAGGAGUGCCAACAAGAAGAGGAGAGAAAUAUGGUGCACUAUUACUGGGGUGUUCCAUUUUGCCCUAAAGGAGUGGAUCCCAUCAAAUAUACUCAAGUCAUCUUGUGUCAGCUUGAGGUUUACCAGAAAAGCCUGAAACAGGCUCAGCGACGACUCCUACUGAAGAAACCAUUUGGGGAGCCAGUUGUUCCUAAUUCAUGUUCCUUGAGGCGAAGUGAACGUGGCAAAGCAGAGGAGGCAUCUAAGGGAGAUGAAGGUACAGAUGAGCAGGAAGGAGAAGAUAUGGAUGAGAAAAAGGACCCUGAGAGCAUAGCCUGGUGUCUGUCCUCAACAAAUGGAGAGUGUAACAAAAAUCUAGAGCAGAACAUGAUGGAAGGAAGAAAACUUGAAUAUGGAGAGGAGCCAGCAAGCAGCUCCUGUCAGGCCUCCCAAGUGCUGUUUGCAGAUGUGCUUGAAGAAAGAGAGCCCAUGCAGAUUACACAAAGCAUUUCUGCCUUGACCCCUCUGGACAGUAAAAGAAGCCCAGACAUGGCCACAGAGAAUCAUGCUGAGGAAGAAAUCACCGUUUGCCCUGAGACCCAGCCGAAUCCAUCACAAGCUAUCGAGCCUGAGAGUGGAGAAAUCCAUUCAUCCAGCAAAGAUGUCUCUCUGCAGGCCAAUGCAGAUGAAGAUGCUGGGAAAGCAGUGUCUGCAUGCAGCCCUCCAGCUAAUGAACCCGUGUCAUGUCCACUGUGUGAUCGUAGAUUCCCGGUUUCAGAAAUUGAACAACAUGCAAUGUAUUGUAAGGGCACAGGAGAGGACACUACUGAAGAUGCUCCAGUAAUGACCCGACGACAGAGAGAAGCCAAGAGUAAAGUAAGCAGUUGCAAAGAGUCAUCAGAAUCUGUUGACAUUGACAAGUAUGAGAAGUGUUACCUCUGUAAGGCUCUGGUGCCACGGAAAGAGUAUCAGAGGCAUGUCGACGGUUGCCUUUGGAGUCGGACUGCCAAUGGAACCCAGAGUGGCAGGAGGCUGAGGCGUGCAAAGAAGGGAAGAACUGAAGGCCGACUCCUGAACAUGCUGGAGCAAUCUGAACACAAGGCUGCAGAUACAGAGGUGGCUGCCAUACCAUCCAGAGGAGAAGACACAAGGCACAACUUGGCAGAGAUGGACAAGGAAGAUGAAUACAGUCAUGAUGUCUGGAGCCCCUUUCCCCAAGCAGAUUGCAGUGACUCUCCCAUUAAAUCUUUCACCUCCAUUUCUGAAGCCAAAGACUGCCUAGUGGACUUUAAGAACCAAUUGGCCGUUGGCUCUGGCAGUCGGAAACAAACCAAAGCAAGUCUCAGGAGCAGGAAGAAAUUCUGAGGAUUGCACAGUGAGAAGGGACCUGAAAAUGGAAUAAGAAACAAUGCCUUCUGUUCCACCAACCUUACCUGGCAAGAACAGCACAGCCUCCCUACCAGCUUCAAACAUCCCUUUUCUGUACAUUUUGUAUGAACUGUAUAGGGAUUUGUCAUGUAUUGAAUUGAUUGUGUACUUUAUAGGUGCUUAUUCAACCUUGCUUUUCAAUUAUAAAAGAAAAUGAAAUAUAUUUAUUAUGUUUUUAUAAACUCCAAUUUGCUGCU